CUCCUUCUUCGUCUCCUAUCUUUCUACUUGAAAGUAUCGGCAGCCGCACCACUUUGAGAAAGAAUCUGUUUCGAAAUGGAAGGAGAAACGAGCAAGUCGAGCAUAACAAAAAGCCUUCUAGCCGUGAAGCAGCAAUCGGGGAAGUCUUACAGUCAGAUAGCAGAAGAAACAGGGCUGACCAACGUCUAUGUGGCCCAGCUCUUCAGACGCCAAGCUCAACUCAACCCCGACACAUCCUCUAAGCUACAGGCGGCCGUGCCCAACAUCCCUGUCGAGCUUCUCCAUGAGAUGAUGAAACCCCCCAUGAGGUCCUACGACCCCAACUUGAUCCAGGAGCCCGCCGUUUACAGAUUAAAUGAAGCGGUGAUGCAUUUUGGAGAGAGUAUUAAGGAAAUUAUCAAUGAGGAGUUUGGUGAUGGGAUUAUGUCAGCAAUAGAUUUCUACUGCUCCGUUGACAAAGUUAAGGGUGUGGACGGGAAAGAUCGCGUAGUGGUCACAUUUGAUGGAAAAUAUUUGCCUUAUUCUGAGCAGAAGUCGGAGCACAUGGUUUCAAGACUACAACGGCAGUGAAGUUGAUGAAUACAGAAUAAUCAUGCCGGUGCUUUGUUUGAACAAUAUGAAGUAAUUUUCUCCAUUUCUUGAAUUGGCGAACGGAACAUAGCAAGACAAAUCUGUACCAUAGCCAUUAUAUAGUUGUUUGUGCACUCAUAAAUCCUUACAAAGAUCUUUUUAUGAAUCUAUGAUUUGUAAACAGUUCUUGAUGAAUCCAUGGCGGAGAUAACUCCCACUUAUGUUAUUGUUGUGGACUCAUAAAUCUUUACAAAGAUAUGCUUUUAUGAAUCUGAUCUUUUACACACA